AUGACAGAGCUGGAGAUUGAUCAGUCCCACCUGCCACAGGUCCAGGAAGGUAUGUGGAGAAUCAGACUCAUUGGCCAGACCAACAGGUGUGUGUGUGUGUGGGGAAACAAAAGUGUAACACUUCAUUUGAUUUGAAAGGCCACAGAUUCCCUGACAGUCCCCCACCAAGACUUAAAAGAUUGUGCCCAAGUGUGUGACUUUAAAUUGCUGGGAAAAUAAAAACAGCCAGACCCUCAUUACAUACACCCUUGAGGGAUUUCAUUAAGGAAGGCUGGCAUUAGUUAGCUACCCAGCAUCCUUGUUAUGUGUUUCAGCAGAGGGUUACGUGUUGUUGCCGUGUCCCUCUCCACCAGCGCUUUGUUUUGUUUUAUCUGGGAUUAGAGGUGCUCGUGUGAUUUCUUAACAUGGUAGGCAGGACUGUACACUGUCAAAGCCAAGACUGGUCUGUAGCAUGUGGCCUGUACACAGCAGAUAAGAGCCUGGAGUGUGAUUGCCAUUCCAGAUACUCUCCCUCUCUGAUUUCAGCUGGGGGUGGAAAGGUUGUCUGUCUAUUGUUAAGGAAACUUGGCGUCUUUAACUUGCUACUUUUUUGUUGUCACUUGUUGCAGUACUUUGACACAAAGUUACUGAUUUCUACCAAUGGGUUCUAAUGGCUUGGGUGGGGUAGCUUUGUCUUUGGCAUUUCUGAAUAAAUGCUAACUAAUGAGCAGGACAGCAAUAGAUGUCGAUCAUUUCCCUUUCCGCUCUUGUUUCCACAGACAAUGAGCACAGUGUGUAAGAGAGCUUCAUUAAGCAGCGAGCAGUGGACUAACGAAGCAAGCUGUAGACUCUUGGACCCCUAUAAACUAUUCACUAAAACAAUAGCAGCACACUAAACUUUCCCUUCACAAUUUAUUUUUACUGAAAUGAUUUGUCAAUGUUCUGAUUGUUUUACACUGAACAAAAAUAUAAACGCAACGUAAAGUGUUGGUCCCAUGUUUCAUGAGCUGAAAUAAAAGAUACCACAAAUCUUACAUACUCACGAAAAGCUUGUUUCUCCAAAUGUUUGUGCACAAAUUUGUUAACAUCCCAGUUAGUGAGCAUUUCUCCUUUGCCAAGUUAAUCCAUCCACCUGACAGGUGUGGCAUAUCAAGAAGCUAAUUAAACAGCAUGAUCAUUACACAGGUGCACCUUGUGCUGGGGACAAUAAAAGGCCACUCUAAAAUGUGCAGUUUUCUCACAUAACACAAUGCCACAGAUGUCUGUAGUUUUGAGGGAGCAUGCAAACGUCGUUUUAGAGAAUUUGGCAGUACCAUGUGUAACCACGCCAUUUAGGAACAGGUCGAAACAUGAAACAUUCAUGGCCAUUUAGCUAGCUUGCUGUUGCUAGCUAAUUUGUCCUGGGAUAAAAACAUUGGGUUGUUAUUUUACAUGAAAUGCACAAGGUCCUUUUUUUCUGGAUCUUUGUAGAAUUUUGACGCAUUUUGAGUCAUACAAAAUCAUGUGUUCUCUAAGACAAUUAAUGCUGGAGUGUGGACCUCAGUUCAUCUUUCAAUCACCCACGUGGGUAUAUACUCCUAAAAAAACAAUGAGGAGAUGCGGGUCUUGCAGCGCGUCAAGCGUAAAAAAAGUUAUAUUUUAGCGCCUGGCUAAGCAGACGCUCGUUGACGCACGCGAGCAGUUUGGAUGAAAUUAUUUAAUAACAUGUAUGUGUACAUUUAUUUUGCAACGCUCGCACACGUUGUGGUAAGCAUGUUAUAUGAACUGUAACUCAGUAAAAUCUUUGAAAUUGCAUGUUGCGUUUUUAUAUUUUUCUUCAGGUUUACUCAAAAGGGUUAAGUUAACGUCCUGUGUGUUGUAUUUAUGCAUCAAUAUCCAGAAGUGUGGUGUUCCCAGUGUCCCACUUCUCCUUCCCCAUCCUAGAAUCUCAGCCAAAUCAACUUGCUUUGUUUUCACUCCCCUCUUAUCGGUUCCUUUUUUCUCCUCUGGCUACUUUCCUGAUAUAGCCUGCCUCACAGGGGGAAUAUAGCUCCAUAAGGAAUGCCCCCCCCCCCCCCCCCCCCCCCAAGUUACUCUUUCUCCCAGUCCACACAGCCCCCCCCACCCCCCUCUCUCUCUUCCUCUCUGUGACCGCUCUAUUAGUGUCUGAGCACACAGGAGCUGAUGGUCCCAACUCUUGUUAAAACAGUCCAACACAGAAAGAGAGGGACUAAGCGGAGGUGAUUUAGGUUUACAGAACAGCGAAUAGCAGUAAAAACAGACUAGUGGGAAGGAAGAAGGGAAGCAGGGGGAUGCGUGGGUGAUGGGGAUUUGGCUUAAAAUAGAACCCCUCGUCACUUUCUCCCACUCUCCCUCCUCCACUUCUUUUGUCUGCCAACCACUUUACAUCAUCCACUGGCCAAGUGGCUGGGGAGAUAAAAGCAAAAUGGCUGUGUUUUAACAAUCGCUUCCUCUCACUGGAGGUUGGUUGGACAGAUUUGCAUUCUACUCAGAUUGUUUAAGCACCAUUCAUUUUCCUAAUGCAUGAUUGACAUCCUCAGUGGAGGAAGAUUAAUGAUAGGGGAGAGUGUUUUUACCCACAGGUCGCAAAGGUCAUUGCUGCAUGCUUCUGGCUCUGCACUUCAACCUUAAUCUUUUACAGCCCGCUCCCCUGGAGAGGCGACUGUCUGGAACCCUCAUUAACCUAUUUCUGUAUCGCUUUCAACCUUUGGGUCUACAAGAAACCCUGGAUGUCCUCCCCUUGAGUCCCUCCAUCUCUCCCUCACCUUGACAAUCUGAUACCCUUGUAACCCCUACCCACCAAUUCUUCCUUCCUUCAUUCGCCAUUACCAAUUCCACUUGAUCUUUUACUCCUCUUAUGAAACAAACAAGUCAGUGCCUUUUGUAAAGCAGCUUAAGGUCCCCUCCCCUGUGAAAUCACGUAAAGAGCCCCUGUAAGAUCCCCUGGGUCGUUCCAUGUCAUUUCAGCAAGCCAUGAUACCCACCAUCUGAGAUUGUUCUGAAAUCAUUUCUGUAGUUAGACACAUAAGAUAAGCAUUCCUGCAACAUUUAUUUGGUUGAAAGAUUAUUUGAACUUUGAAUUUAAGCUAAUUGAUUGCACCCAAAUUGGCCAUUUUAAUUUAAAGGAUUCAAUCCAAAGAAAUUGUCAAACGCCACCCACGGACCCCCCACACCCGCGCCAAUCCCACCCUAACAACGAGUAUAUUGUAUACAUUCUCUAUGUCUGACGAGUAAUAUGGAGCUGCGGCUCAGAGUAUUGUUUCUUCAUCUUAUGUAAUGUAUUCUUAGUGAAUUUGGUGAUGUUUUUUUGUACAGAUAAAUUAGUAAUUGAAGCUGUUAGGUUUAUAUCCCAUCUUACAUCCUGAUAUUACCAGGUUCUGGUUCACCCAAAUUACAAAAUGGCAUAUUGGUUUCCUUACCCUUUAAGCCAGGGGUUCCCAAACUUUUUGGGCCCUCGACCCCAUGUUGAUAUAAAAAAAAAAAAAUCGGUACCCCACCAUGUAAAAACUGUGAUCAACUGUAAAUGUUUACUUUUUUAGUUGGGGCUAUGACAGUCUAUUACAAAUCAUUCUGACAGUAUUUCAAUCUGAAGGAGUUUGAAGUGACUGAAAUGCAUCAAAGGUAUUGGGAUGUUCAGAAGAUCAUUAGGCAAUACUUUUGAAUGAUCUUCUGUGAAGAAAAUAACAUAAUUGAUGAUGUUCUUUUCCCCCCAGUCUGAUUAGGGCCUGGUCUUGUCCAAUCUGUUCUAAUGAGGCUUGUGGGAACUGUAGAGGGAAACAAGACUCAUACGUGUUCCUGAGAGUCAUAUCUUUCAGUGAUGGGGUCAUAAUAAUUUAUAGCUUAAACCUUUCAAAAGAAGGAGCCACAUUUGUAGGAAGAAAACAGAAACCGCUCUGUUUAUUACAACCAUAUUUAGCUGCUACCGGCGGCUACUGAUGUAACCCCAGUUCUAUGAACCAAGCACGAUUAUUUUUGUUGUUGUUUCUCUCGCGACCCCAUUUUCAAAUCAGGUGACCACUUAGUUUGGGAAACACCGCUGUUAGCAGUUUAUGGACAAGGUAUGACAGCAACCCAUGCAUUGGUUUUGUUUACCUGGCCAUGGUUUCAAAUGCAAACUUUUUUUUAGCAUUUGUGGCACAAAUCCAAUGCAAGUCAAUGGUACCUAUAUUAACAUUUCCUCGCUUCAUAUUGAAAUAAUCUAUAAGUAACAUCAUUGAGUUACACAAUCAAUUUUUAGACACUUCAGGAAGAUUUGGAUAUGAAGCGUGAAAUGCUAAUGUAGGUACCAUUGACUUGCAUUGGAUUUGUGCCACAAAUGAUAAAAAGUUUGCAUUUGAAACCAUGGCCAGGUAAACAAAACCAAUGCAUGGGUUGCUGUCAUACAUUGACCAUAGACUGCUUACAUGUUAAGGAAACCAAUAUGUCAUUUUGUAAUUUGGGUGAACUAUCCUUUUAACAUUGAGGGGGGAUCCUAAAAAAAACUUUAAAAAAUCUGGAACAGCACCAUCUACUGGUCAGAACCUGAUAAUAUCAGGAUGUAGGAUGGAAUAUACACCUACGAACUUUAAUGACUCAUUUCUCAGAACUGCGGAAAAAAACUGACCAAAUUCACUGGGAAUACGUUACAUAAGAUGAAGAAACAAUACUCCGAGCCGCAGCUCCAUACUACUUGUCAGACAUAGAGAACUGAUACUAUAUAUUCGUUGAGGCGGCAGGUAGCUUAGUGGUUAAGAGCGUUGUGCCAGUAACUGAAAGGUCGCUGGUUCUAAUCCCCGAGCCGACUAGGUGAAAAAUCUGUCGAUGUGCCCUUGAGCAAGGCACUUAACCCUAAUUGCUCCUGUAAGUCGCCCUGUCAUGUAAAACCUGUCUCUCUGUCCCUCUCGUCCACACCCCUGGAUGUAUAACUUGAGCUUAGUUUUUAAAGGGCUGACUGAGUUCCAGAAAACAAGUUAACCCACAAGGCGGACACACCUACACAGCCUCAGUCACUUCCACUGCUCUAGGGCCUGAGUGAGUUGAGCAGUCUUUGUUUAACAUGAUUAUUUUUUAUUACAAGAAGAAUGUAGGCCUACUUGAAUUUUUCCUGGAGUUUGUCCCGUCCAUUUAAUUUCUGUGAGUGAGUUGAGGCCUGGAGAAAGACUUAAACUCUUGAGCUGUUCUGGAUCAAAGCCCUACAGUCACCUAAUCCUACAUUCUGUGUAGACUGGACACAUAGAGUUGAAGUCGGAAGUUUACAUGCACUUAGGUUGGAGUCAUUGAAACUCGUUUUUCAACCACUCCACACAUUUCUUGUUAACAAACUAUAGUUUUGGCAAGUCGGUUAGGACAUCUACUUUGUUCAUGACACAAGUAAUUUUUCCAACAAUUGUUUACAGACAGAUUAUUUCACUUAUAAUUCACUGUAUCACAAUUCCAGUGGGUCAGAAGUUUACAUAGACUAAGUUGACUGUGCCUUUAAACAGCUUGGAAAAUUCCAGAAAAUGAUGUCAUGGCUUUAGAAGCUUCUGAUAGGCUAAUUGACAUCAUUUGAAUCAAUUGGAGGUGUACCUGUGGAUGUAUUUCAAGGCCUACCUUCAAACUCAGUGCCUCUUUGACAUGAUGGGAAAAUCAAAAGAAAUCAGCCAAGACCUCAGAAAAAGAAUUGUAGAUCUCCACAAUUCUGGUUCAUCCUUGGGAGCAAUUUCCAAACGCCUGAAGGUACCACGUUCAUCUGUACAAACAAUAGUAUGCAAGUAUAAACACCAUGGGACCACGCAACCGUCAUACCGCUCUGGAAGGAGACUGGUUCUGUCUCCUAGAGAUUAACGUACUUUGGUGCGAAUAGUGCAAAUCAAUCCCAGAACAACAGCAAAGGACCUUGUGAAGAUGCUGGAGGAAACAGGUACAAAAGUAUCUAUAUCCACAGUAAAACGAGUCCUAUAUCAACAUAACCUGAAAGGCCGCUCAGCAAGGAAGAAGCCACUGCUCCAAAACCGCCAUUAAAAAGCCAGACUACGGUUUGCAACUGCACAUGGGGACAAAGAUCGAACUUUUGGGAGAAAUGUCCUCUGGUCUGAUGAAACAAAAAUAGAACUGUUUGGCCAUAACGACCAUCGUUAUGUUUGGAGGAAAAAGGGGGGCACUUGCAAGCCGAAGAACACCAUCCCAACCAUGAAGCACAGGGGUGGCAGCAUCAUGCUGUGGGGGUGCUUUGCUGCAGGAGGGACUGGUGCACUUCACAAAAUAGAUGGCAUCAUGAGGAAGGAAAAUUAUGUGGAUAUAUUGAAGCAAUAUCUCAAGACAUCAGUCAGGAAGUUAAAGCUUGGUCGCAAAUGGGUCUUCCAAAUGGACAAUGACCCCAAGCAUACUUCCAAAGUUGUGGCAAAAUGGCUUAAGGACAACAAAGUUAAGGUAUUGGAGUGGCCAUCACAAAGCCCUGACCUCAAUCCUAUAGAAAAUGUGUGGGCAGGACUGAAAAAGCGUGUGCGAGUCAGGAGGCCUACAAACCUGACUCAGUUACACCAGCUCUGUCAGGAGGAAUGGGCCAAAAUUCACCCAACUUAUUGUGGGAAGCUUGUGGAAGGCUACCCGAAACCUUUGACCCAAGCUAAACCAAUUUAAAGGCAAUGCUACCAAAUACUAAUUGAGUGUAUGUAAACUUCUGACCCACUGGGAAUGUGAUGAAAGAAAUAAAAGCUGAAAGAAAUCAUUCUCUCUACUAUUAUUCUGACAUUUCACAUUCUUAAAAUAAAGUGGUGAUCCUAAAUGACCUAAGACAGGGCAUUUUUACUAGGGAUUAAAUGUCAGGAAUUGUGAAAAACUGAGUUUAAAUGUAUUUGGCUAAGGUGUAUGUAAACUUCCAACUUCAACUGUAAGUGCAGCUGGCUGAUCCAGGUUGUUGCAUAAUCUCUUUAGCCACACGGCAGGUGUAACUGUAAUUGAAUGGCGUGUCUGUCUGGAUGAGGUUUAAUGCUGGGUUAAACCCUGAAUGCUGGUUAGACUCUGACUGGCAUUCAUCCACAGUGAUGGUGGAACUUUAAGUAUCUGGGCUUAUUGGUCAGGAAGAGUGGUUACCUUUUGACUUGCAGUGUUGUCGAACAUGUUUGCAUGUUGUUGACCUAAAUUACCAAAUUGACUAAAAAGAAACACCAACCGGGUGUCACUGUUUUGUGGAGCAUGGUUUGAUCCCCUGUAUGACAGGCCCAGGGCCGUGGGCACCCACCGUUCCCUGUUUACAGAACAAGACAAAGGGGAGACAUCCUCAAUUUGACUGGCUCUGUGAACUCAGGCUGCUUGUGUGAACCCAAGAUGUAACAUGGCAUUGUUAGAACAGGGUGUAGUGUAGGUACUAAAGGGCAACCGUUCCCUGGAGCUAUUUUGUCUCAUCAGAGGAACACACGGAGGCUUAAGUCUACUGUAACAAUUUAGAACAGCAAGAUGGAGUGAGUGGGGAAGGAAGAGAAGGAUAGAGAGACAGUGAGAGCGACGAAGAGAGUGGUCAUUCACUGUUAACAUAGGCUCUGCUCUGCCAAUCCAUGCUGAGAAUGUUGUUUACACAGACAUGGCCCAGUCUGGUUUAUGGGUUAAGCAAUGGGAUUAUGUGUUUAAAUUGGAAUUGAGAACUCCUGGCUCAGGGGCUUUCCCUGCAAGAGAUGACCGCUGCCACAAACCAUCCUCCUAGUGAUAUCACUUCCUGUUUACUUGGGAGUUUCACUAAAUCUUGAGCAAAUCUGCUUAGAAAAUACAGGAAAGAAUCAUGACAUCAGUAGUGUAGGUUAUUCUGUGAUAAAUAUAUAUGUGUGUGUCUGUGUAUACAUUACCAGUCAAAAAAUUUGGACACACCUACUAAUUCAUGGGUUUUUCUUUAUUUUUACUAUUUUCUAUAUUGUAUAAUAAUAGUGAAGACAUCAACUAUGAAAUAACACACAUGGAAUCAUAAUAAUAAUAAUAAUAAUAAUAUGCCAUUUAGCAGACGCUUUUAUCCAAAGCGACUUACAGUCAUGCGUGCAUACAUUUUUGUGUAUGGGUGGUCCCGGGGAUCGAACCCACUACCUUGGCGUUACAAGCGCCGUGCUCUACCAGCUGAGCUACAGAGGACUACAGAGGAUCAUGUAGUAACCAAAGUGUUAAACAAAUCAAAAUAUAUUUUAGAUUCUUCAAAGUAGCCACCCUUGAUGACAGCUUUUCACACUCUUUGCAUUCUCUCAACCAGCUUCAUGAGGAAUGCUUUUCCAACUGUCUCGAAGGAGUUCCCACAAAUGCUGAGCACUUGUUGGCUGCUUUUCCUUAACUCUGCGGUCCAACUCAUCCCAAACCAUCUCAAUUGGGUUGAAGUCGGGUGAUUGUGGAGGCCAGGUCAUCUGAUGCAGCACUCCAUCACUCUUCUUGGUCAAAUAGCCCUUACACAGCCUGGAGGUAUGUUUUGGGUCAUUGUCCUGUUGAAAAACAAAUGAUAGUCCCACUAAGCGCAAACCAGAAGGAAUGGCGUAUCGCUGCAGAAUGCUGUUGUAGCCAUGCUGGUUCAGUGUUCCUUGACUUCUAAAUAAAUCACAGUGUCACCAGCAAAGCACCAUCACACCUCCUCCUCCAUGCUUCACGGUGGGAACCACACAUGCAGAGAUCAUCCGUUCACCUGCUCUGCGUCUCACAAAGACAUGGUGGUUGGAACCAAAAAUCUAAAAUUUGGACUCAUCAGACCAAAGGACAGAAUUCCAUUGGUCUAAUGUCCAUUGCUUGUGUUUCCUGGCCCAAGCAAGUCUCUUCUUCUUAUUAGUGACCUUUAGUAGUGGUUUCUUUGCAGCAAUUUGACCAUGAAGGCCUGAUUCACACAGUCUCCUCUGAACAGUUGAUGUUGAGAUGUGUCUGUUACUUGAACUCUGUGAAGCAUUUACAGUGAGGGGAAAAAAGUAUUUGAUCCCCUGCUGAUUUUCUACGUUUGCCCACUGACAGACAUGAUCAGUCUAUAAUUUUAAUGAUACGUUUAUUUGAACAAUGAGAGACAGAAUAACAACAACAACAAAUCCAGAAAAACGCAUGUCAAAAAUGUUAUGAAUUGAUUUGCAUUUUAAUGAGGGAAAUAAGUAUUUGACUAUUCUGCAAAACAUGACUUAGUACUUGGUGGCAAAACCCUUGUUGGCAAUCACAGAGGUCAGACGUUUCUUGUAGUUGGCCACCAGGUUUGCACACAUCUCAGGAGGGAUUUUGUUCCAAGAUCUUCUCCAAGUCAUUAAGGUUUCGAGGCUGACGUUUGGCAACUCGAACCUUCAGCUCCCUCCACAUAUUUUCUAUGGGAUUAAGGUCUGGAGACUGGCUAGGCCACUCAAGGACCUUAAUGUGCUUCUUCUUGAGCCACUCCUUUUUGGGUCAUUGUCAUACUGGAAUACCCAUCCACGACCCAUUUUCAAUGCCCUGGCUGAGGGAAGGAGGUUCUCACCCAAGAUUUUACUGUACAUGGCCCCGUCCAUCGUCCCUUUGAUGCGGUGAAGUUGUCCUGUCCCCUUAGCAGAAAAACACCCCCAAAGCAUAAUGUUUCCACCUCCAUGUUUGACAGUGGGGAUGGUGUUCUUGGGGUCAUAGGCAGCAUUCCUUCUCCUCCAAACACGGCGAGUUGAGUUGAUGCCAAAGAGCUCAAUUUUGGUCUCAUCUGACCACAACACUGUCACCCAGUUCUCCUCUGAAUCAUUCAGAUGUUCAUUGGCAAACUUCAGACGGGCCUGUAUAUGUGCUUUCUUGAGCAGGGUGACCUUGCGGGCGCUGCAGGAUUUCAGUCCUUCACGGCGUAGUGUGUUACCAAUUGUUUUCUUGGUGACUAUGGUCCCAGCUGCCUUGAGAUCAUUGACAAGAUCCUCCCGUGUAGUUCUGGGCUGAUUCCUCACCGUUCUCAUGAUCAUUGCAACUCCACGAGGUGAGAUCUUGCAUGGAGCCCCAGGCAGAGGGAGAUUGACAGGUAUUUUGUGUGUCUUCCAUUUGCGAAUAAUCGCACCAAUUGUUGUCACCUUCUCACCAAGCUGCUUGGCGAUGGUCUUGUAGCCCAUUCCAGCCUUGUGUAGGUCUACAAUCUUGUCCCUGACAUCCUUGGAGGAGCUCUUUGGUCUUGGCCAUGGUGGAGAGUUUGGAAUCUGAUUGAUUGAUUGCUUCUGUGGACAGGUCUUUUAUACAGGUAACAAGAUGAGAUUAGGAGCACUCCCUUUAAGAGUGUGCUCCUAAUCUCAGCUCUUUACCUGUAUAAAAGACACCUGGGAGCCAGAAAUCUUUCUGAUUGAGAGGGGGUCAUUAUUUUGGAUUAUUUUGUUGUUAUUCUGUCUCUCACUGUUCAAAUAAACCUACCAUUAAAAUUAUAGACAGAUCAUGUCUUUGUCAGUGGGCAAACGUACAAAAUCAGCAGGGGAUCAAAUACUUUUUUCCCUCACUGUAUUUGGGCUGCAAUCUGAGGUGCAGUUAACUCUAAUGAACUUAUCUUCUGCAGCAGAGGCAACUCUGGGUCUUCCUUUCCUGUGGCGGUCCUCAUGAGAGCCAGUUUCAUCAUAGCGCUUGAUGUGUUUUGCGACUGCACUUGAAGAAACUUGAAAGUUCUUGAAAUGUUCCUUAUUGACCGACCUUCAUGUUUUAAAGUAAUGAUGGGACUGUCGUUUCUCUUUGCUUAUUUGAGCUGUUCUUGCCAUAAUAUGGACCAAAUAGGGCUAUCUUCUGUAUACCACCCCUACCUUGUCACAACACAACUGAUUGGCUCAAACACAUUAAGAAGGAAAGAAAUUCCACAAAUUCACUUUUAACAAGGCACACCUGUUAAUUUAAAUGCAUUCCAGGUGACUACCUCAUGAAGCUGGUUGAGAGAAUGCCAAGCGUGUGCAAAGCUAUCAUCAAGGCAAAGGGUGGCUACUUUGAAGAAUCUCAAAUAUAAAAUAUUAUUUUUGACACUUUUUUGGUUACUACAUGAUUCCAUAUGUGUUAUUUCAGUUUUGAUGUCAUCACUAUUAUUCUACAAUGUAGAAAAUAGUAAAAAUAAAGAAAAACGCUUGAAUGAGUAGGUGUGUCCAAACUUUUGACUGGUACUAUAUACAGUUGAAGUCGGAAGUUUACAUACACUUAGGUUGGAGUCAUUAAAACUCGUUUUUCAACCACUCCACAAAUUUAUUUUGAACAAACUAUAGUUUUGGCAAGUCGGUUAGGACAUCUACUUUGUGCAUGACACAAGUAAUUUUUCCAACAAUUGUUUACAGACAGAUUAUUUCACUUAUAAUUGACUGUAUCACAAUUCCAGUGGGUCAGAAGUUUACAUACACUAAGUUGACUGUGCCUUUAAAUUGCUUGGAAAAUUCCAGAAAAUGAUGUCAUGGCUUUAGAAGCUUCUGCUAGGCUAAUUGACAUCAUAUGAGUCAAUUGGAGGUGUACCUGUGAUUGUAUUUCAAGGCCUACCUUCAAACUCAUCACCACUUUGCUUGACAUCAUGGGAAAAUCAAAAGAAAUCAGCCAAGACCUCAGAAGAAUAAAUGUAGACCUCUGGUUCAUCCUUGGGAGCAAUUUCCAAACGCCUGAAGGUACCAUGUUUAUCUGUACAAACAAUAGUACGCAAGUAUAAACACCAUGGGACCACGCAGCUGUCAUACCGCUCAGGAAGGAGAAGCAUUCUGUCUCCUAGAGAUGAAUGUACUUUGCAAAUCAAUCCCAGAACAACAGCAAAGAACCUUGUGAAGAUGCUGGAGGAAACGGGUACAAAAGUAUCUAUAUCCACAGUAAAACGAGUCCUAUAUCAACAACCUGAAAGGCCGCUCAGCAAGGAAGAAGCCACUGAUCCAAAACCGCCGUAAAAAAGCCAGACUACGGUUUGCACCUGCACAUGGACUUACUUAUUGCUGUUCACUGGACCUUAUGAUCACUCAGCUACACAGCUAAUGCCUGCUGGACUGUUCCUUUACACUGUACCCCAUCCUGUUUAGCCUCAGCCCAAACUUUUGUUGCCAUUACCAGUUGUCUUAGCCCUCUCGACUAACACCUGUCAUUGCGUUAUGCCUCUCUCCCAUGUCAAUAUGCCUAGCCUAUUGCUGUUUGGGUUAGUUCUUAUUAUACAAUUUCACUGUAGAACCCCCAGUCCCGCUCAACCAGCCUCAGAGAGCUCCUUUGUCCCACCCCCCAUACACGCGGAGACCGGCUCAAUCGGUACCUCCAGUGAUGCUAUCUCUUUCAUAGUUACCCAAUGCUUAGGUGUACCUCCACUGUACUCAUAUCCUUCCAUAUCCUUGUCUGUACAUAAUGCUCUGAACCUAUUCUACAACGCCCGGAAAUCUGCCCCUUUUAUUCUCUGUACCCAACGCACUAGAAGACCAGUUCUUAAAGCCUUUAGCCGUAUCCUUAUUCUAUUCCUCCUCUGUUCUUCUGGUGAUGUAGAGGUUAACCCAGGCCCUGUAGCCCCCAGUAUCACUCCUACCCCCCAGGCGCUAUCAUUUGUUGACUUCUGUAACCGUAAAAGCCUUGGUUUCUUGCAUGUUAACAUCAGAAGCCUCCUCCCCAAGUUUGAGUUAUUCACUACGUUAGCACACUCUGCCAACCCUGAUGUUCUAGCAGUGUCUGAAUCUUGGCUUAGGAAGGCCAUCAAAAAUGCAGAAAUGUCCAUCCCGAACUACAACAUUUUCCGUCUAGAUAGAACUGCCAAAGGGGCGUAGUUGCAAUCUACAGUAGAAAGAGCCUGCAGAGCUCUAUCAUACCAUCCAGGUCUGUGCCCAAACAGUUUGAGCUUCUACUUCUAAAAAUAAACCUUUCCAGAAAUAAGUCUCUCACUGUUGCCGCUUGCUUACAGACCCCCCUCAGCCCCCAGUUGUGCCCUCGACACCAUAUGUGAAUUGCUUAUCCCCCAUCUAUCCUCAGAGUUCUUACUGCUUGGUGCCCUAAACUGGGAUAUGCUUAACACCCCGGCCAUCCUACAAUCUAAACUAGAUGCCCUCAAUCUCACACAAAUGAUCAAGGAACCUACCAGGUACAACCCUAAAUCCGUAAACAUGGGCACCCUCAUAGAUAUAAUCCUGACUAAUUUACCCUCUAAAUACACCUCCGCUGUCUUCAACCAGGAUCUCAGCAAUCACUGCCUCAUUGCUGCGUCCGUAAUUGGGUCCAUGGUCAAACGACCACCCCUCAUCACUGUCAAACGCUCCCUAAAACACUUCAGCGAGCAGGCCUUUCUAAUUGACCUGGCCCGGGUAUCCUGGAUGGAUAUUGACCUCAUUCUGUCAGUAGAGGAUGCCUGGAUGUUCUUCAAAAGUGCUUUCCUCUCCAUCUUAAAUAAGCAUGCCCCAUUAAAAAAAAUUCAGAACUAAGAACAGAUAUAGCCCCUGCUUCACCCCAGACUUGACUGCCCUUGACCAGCACAAAAACAUCCUGUGGCGUACUGCAUUAGCAUCGAACAGCCCCCGCGAUAUGCAACUUUUCAGGGAAGUCAGGAACCAAUAUACACAAGCAGUUAGGAAAGCAAAGGCUAGCUUUUUCAAACAGAAAUUUGCAUCCUGUAACACUAACUCCAAAAAGUUUUGGGACACUGUAAAGUCCAUUGAGAAUAAGAGCACCUCCUCCCAGCUACCCACAGCACUGAGGCUAGGAAAAACUGUUACCACCGAUAAAUCUACGAUAAUCGAGAAUUUCAAUAAGCAUUUUACUACGGCUGGCCAUGCUUUCCACCUGGCUACCCCUACCCCGGCCACCAGCUCUGCACCCUCCGCUGCAACUUGCCCAUGCCCCUCCCGAGAUCCCCCGAGAUUGGAAAGCUGCCGCGGUCAUCCCCCUCUUCAAAGGGGGUGACACUCUAGAUCCAAACUGUUACAGACCUAUAUCCAUCCUGCCCUGCCUUUCGAAAGUAUUUGAAAGCCAAGUUCACAAACAGAUCACCGACCAUUUCGAAUCCCACCGUACCUUCUCCGCUAUGCAAUCUGGUUUCCGAGCUGUUCAUGGGUGCACCUCAGCCACGCUCAAGGUCCUAAACGAUAUAAUAACCGCGAUCGAUAAAAGACAGUACUGUGCAGCCGUCUUCAUCGACCUGGCCAAGGCUUUUGACACUGUCAAUCACCGCAUUCUUAUUGGCAGACUAAAUAGCCUUGGUUUCUCAAAUGACUGCCUCGCCUGGUUCACCAACUACUUCUCAGAUAGAGUUCAAUGUGUGAAAUCGGAGGGCCUGUUGUCUGGACCUCUGGCAGUCUCUAUGGGGGGUGCCACAGGGUUCAAUUCUCGGGCCGACUCUAUUCUCUGUGUAUAUCAAUGAUGUCGCUCUUGCUGCUGGUGACUCUCAGAUCCACCUCUACGCAGACGACACCAUUUUGUAUACAUCUGGCCCUUCACUGGACACUGUUAACAAACCUCCAAAUGAGCUUCAAUGCCAUACAACACUCCUUCCGUAGCCUCCAACUGAUCUUAAACGCUAGUAAAACUAAAUGCAUGCUCUUCAAUCGAAUGCUGCUUGCACCCGCCCGCCUGACUAGAAUCACUACUCUUGGUGGGUCUGACUUAGAAUAUGUGGACAACUACAAAUAGCUAGGUGUCUGGUUAGACCGUAAACUCUCCUUCCAGACUCACAUUCAGCAUCUCCAAUCCAAAGUUAAAUCUAGAAUCGGCUUCCUAUUUUGCAACAAUGCCUCCUUCACUCAUGCUGCUAAACAUGCCCUCGUAAAACUGACUAUCCUACCGAUCCUUGACUUCGGCGAUGUCAUUUACAAAGUAGCUUCCAACACUCUACUCAGCAAAUUGGAUGUAGUAUAUCACAGUGCCAUCCGUUUUGUCACCAAAGCCCCAUAUACUACCGACCAUUGUGACCUGUACGCUCUCGUUGGCUGGCCCUCACUACAUAUUCGUUGCCAAACCCACUGGCUCCAGGUCAUCUAUAAAUCACUUCUAGGCAAAUCCCUGCCUUAUCUUAGAUCAUUGGUCACCUUAGCAACACCCACCCAUAGUAUGCAUUCCAGCAGGUAUAUCUCACUGGUCAUCCCCGAAGCCAACACCUCCUUUGGCCGCCAAUCCUUCCAGUUCUCUGCUGCAAAUGACUGGAACGAACUGCAAAGAUCUCUGAAGCUGGAGACCCUUAUCUCCCUUACUAAUUUUAAGCAUCAGUUGUCAGAGCAGCUUACCGAUCAAUGCACCUGUACACAGCCCAUCUGUAAUUAGCCCACCCAACUACCUCAUCCCCAUAUAGUUAUUUAUUUUGCUCAUUUGCACCCCAGUAUCUCUAUUUGCACAUCAUCUUCUGCACAUCACUCCAGUGUUAAUACUAAAUUGUAAUUAUUUUGCACUAUGGCAUAUUUAUUGCCUUACCUCCAUAACUUACUACAUUUGCACACACUGUAUAUAGAUUUUCUAUUGUGUUAUUGACUGUAUGUUUUGUUUAUUCCAUAUGUAACUCUGUGUUGUUGUUGUUUUUAUCGCACUGCUUUGCUUUAUCUUGGCCAGGUCGCCAACUUGUUCUCAACUGGCUUACCUGGUUAAAUAAAAAUAUCUUACUUUUUGGAGAAAUGUCCUCUGGUCUGAUGAAACAAAAAUAUAACUGUUUGGCCAUAAUGACCAUCGUUAUUUUGGAGGAAAAUGGGGGGAUUAUGUGGAUAUAUUGAAGCAACAUCUCAAGACAUCAGUCAGGAAGUUAAAGCUUGGUAGCAAAUGGGUCUUCCAAAUGGACAAUGACCCCAAGCAUACUUCCAAAGUUGUGGCAAAAUGGCUUAAGGACAACAAAGUCAAGGUAUUGGAGUGGCCAUCACAAAGCCCUGACCUUAAUCCUGUAGAAAAUAUGUGGGCAGAACUGAAAAAGCAUGUGCGAGCAAGGAGGCCUACAAACCUGACUCAGUUACACCAGCUCUGUCAGGAGGAAUGGGCCAAAAUUCACCCAACUUAUUGUGGGAAGCUUGUGGAAGGUGAUCCGAAACCUUUGACCCAAGUUAACAAUUUAAAGGCAAUGCUACCAAAUACUAAUUGAGUUUAUGUAAACUUCUGACCCACUAGGAAUGUGAUGAAAUAAAUAAAAGCUGAAAGAAAUCAUUCUCUCUAUUAUUAUUCUGACAUUUCACAUUCUUAAAAUAAAGUGGUGAUCCUAACUGACCUAAGACAGGGAAUUUUUACUAGGAUUAAAUGUCAGGAAUUGUGAAACUGAGUUUAAAUGUAUUUGGCAAAGGUGUAUGUAAACUUCCAACUUCAACUGUAUACAGUGCAUUCGGAAUGUAUUCAGACAUUUUCCACAUUUUGUUACGUUACAGCCUUAUUCUAAAAUUGAUUAAAUUGUCAAUCUAUACACAAUACCCCAUAAAGACAAAGCAAAAACAGGUUUUUAGAAAUGUUUGCAAAUUUAUAAAAAAUCUAAAACUGAAAUAUCACAUUUAUAUAAGUAUUCAGACCCUUUACUCAGUACUUUGUUGAAGCACCUUUGGCAGCAUUUACAGCCUCGAGUCUUCUUGGGUAUGAUGCUACAAGCUUGGCACACCUGUAGUUGGGGAUUUUCUCCCAUUCUUCUCUGCAGAUCCUCUUAUGGUCUGUCAGGUUGGAUUGGGAGUGUCACUGCACAGCUAUUUUCAGGUCUCUCCAGAGAUGUUAGAUCGGGUUCAAGUCUGGGCUCUGGCUGGGCCACUCAAGGACAUUCAGAGACUUGUCCCAAAACCACUCCUGCGUUGUCUUGGCUGUGUGCUUAGGGUUGUUGUCCUAUUGGAAGGUGAACCUUUGCCCCAGUCUGAGGUCCUGAGCGCUCUGGAGCAUGAUGCUGCCACCACCAUGCUUCACCGUAGGGAUAGUGCCAGGUUUCUUCCAGAUGUGAUGCUUGGCAUUCAGGUAAAAUAGUUCAAUUUUGGUUUCAUCAGACCAGAGAAUCUAGUCUAAGUCCUUUAGGUGCCUUUUGGCAAACUCCAAGCGGCCUGUCAUGUGCCUUUUACUGAGGAGUGGCUUCCAUCUGGCCACUCUACCAUAAAGGCCUGAUUGGUGGAGUGCUGCAGAGAUGGUUGUCCUUCUAGAAGGUUCUCCCAUCUCCACAGAGGUACUCUGGAGCUCUGUCAGAAUGACCAUCGGGUUCCUGAUCACCUCCCUGACCAAGGCACUUCUCCCCCGAUUGCUCAGUUUGGCCGGGCGGCCAGCUCUAGGAAGAGUCUUGGUGGUUCCAAACUUCUUCCAUUUAAGAAUGAUGGAGGCCACUGUGUUCUUCAAUGCUGCAGACAUUUUUUGGUACCCUUCCACAGAUCUGUGCCUCAACACAAUAUUAUCUCGGAGCUCUAUGGACAAUUCCUUUUGACCUCAUGGCUUGGUUGUUGCUCUGACAUGCACUGUCAACUGUGGGACCUUAUAUAGACAGGUGUGUGUGCCUUUCCAAAUCAUGUCCAAUCAAUUGAAUUUACCACAGGUGGACUCCAAUCAAGUUGUAGAAACAUCUCAAGGAUGAUCAAUGGAAACAGGAAGCACCUGGGCUCAAUUUCAAGUCUCAUAUCAAGGGGUCUGAAUACUUAAGUAAAUCAUGUAUUUCAGAUUUCUAUUUUUUAUAAAUUUGCAAAAAUGUCUAAAAAAAAAACCUUUGCUUUGUCAUUAUGGUAUAUUGUGUGUAGAUUGGUGAUGAGGAUGUUUAUCUAAUCCAUUUUAGAUUAAGGCUGUAACUUAACAAAAUGUGGAAAAAGGGAAAGGGUCUGAAUACUUUCCAAAUGCACUGUACAUACAUGCAUGCAUGCAUACAUACAUACAUACAUACAUACAUACAUACAUACAUACAUACAUACAUACAUACAUACAUACAGUGGGGAAAAAAAGUAUUUAGUCAGCCACCAAUUGUGCAAGUUCUCCCACUUAAAAAGAUGAGAGAGGCCUGUAAUUUUCAUCAUAGGUACACGUCAACUAUGACAGACAAAAUGAGAAAAAGAAAUCCAGAAAAUCACAUUGUAGGAUUUUUUAUGAAUUUAUUUGCAAAUUAUGGUGGAAAAUAAGUAUUUGGUCAAUAACAAAAGUUUCUCAAUACUUUGUUAUAUACUCUUUGUUGGCAAUGACACAGGUCAAACGUUUUCUGUAAGUCUUCACAAGGUUUUCACACACUGUUGCUGGUAUUUUGGCACAUUCCUCCAUGCAGAUCUCCUCUAGAGCAGUGAUGUUUUGGGGCUGUCGCUGGGCAACACAGACUUUCAACUCCCUCCAAAUAUUUUCUAUGGGGUUGAGAUCUGGAGACUGGGUAGGCCACUCCAGGACCUUGAAAUGCUUCUUACGAAGCCACUCCUUUGUUGCCCGGGCGGUGUGUUUGGGAUCAUUGUCAUGCUGAAAGACCCAGCCACGUUUCAUCUUCAAUGCCCUUGCUGAUGGAAGGAGGUUUUCACUCAACAUCUCACGAUACAUGGCCCCAUUCAUUCUUUCCUUUACACGGAUCAGUCGUCCUGGUCCCUUUGCAGAAAAACAGCCCCAAAGCAUGAUGUUUCCACCCCAUGCUUCACAGUAGGUAUGGUGUUCUUUGGAUGCAACUCAGCAUUCUUUGUCCUCCAAACACGACGAGUUGAGUUUUUACCAAAAAGUUCUAUUUUGGUUUCAUCUGACCAUAUGACAUUCUCCCAAUCCUCUUCUGGAUCAUCCAAAUGCACUCUAGCAAACUUCAGACGGGCCUGGACAUGUACUGGCUUAAGCAGGGGGACACGUCUCGCACUGCAGGAUUUGAGUCCCUGGCAGCGUAGUGUGUUACUGAUGGUAGGCUUUGUUACUUUGGUCCCAGCUCUCUGCAGGUCAUUCACUAGGUCCCCCCGUGUGGUUCUGGGAUUUUUGCUCGCCGUUCUUGUGAUCAUUUUGACCCCACGGGGUGAGAUCUUGCGUGGAGCCCCAGAUCGAGGGAGAUUAUCAGUGGUCUUGUAUGUCUUCCAUUUCCUAAUAAUUGCUCCCACAGUUGAUUUCUUCAAACCAAGCUGCUUACCUAUUGCAGAUUCAGUCUUCCCAGCCUGGUGCAGGUCUACAAUUUUGUUUCUGGUGUCCUUUGACAGCUCUUUGGUCUUGGCCAUAGUGGAGUUUGGAGUGUGACUGUUUGAGGUUGUUGACAGGUGUCUUUUAUACUGAUAACAAGUUCAAACAGGUGCCAUUAAUACAGGUAACGAGUGGAGGACAGAGGAGCCUCUUAAAGAAGAAGUUACAGGUCUGUGAGAGCCAGAAAUCUUGCUUGUUUGUAGGUGACCAAAUACUUAUUUUCCACCAUAAUUUGCAAAUAAAUUCAUAAAAAAUCCUACAAUGUGAUUUUCUGGAUUUUUUUUUCUCAAUUUGUCUGUCAUAGUUGACGUGUACCUAUGAUGAAAAUUACAGGCCUCUCUCAUCUUUUUAAGUGGGAGAACUUGCACAAUUGGUGGCUGACUAAAUGUACAGUGGGGAGAACAAGUAUUUGAUACACUGCCGAUUUUGCAGGUUUUCCUACUUACAAAGCAUGUAGAGGUCUGUCAUUUUUAUCAUAGGUACACUUCAACUGUGAGAGACGGAAUCUAAAACAAAAAUCCAGAAAAUCACAUUGUAUGAUUUUUAAGUAAUUAAUUUGCAUUUUAUUGCAUGACAUAAGUAUUUGAUCACCUACCAACCAGUAAGAAUUCCGGCUCUCACAGACCUGUUAGUUUUUCUUUAAGAAGCCCUCCUGUUCUCCACUCAUUACCUGUAUUAACUGCACCCGUUUGAACUCGUUACCUGUAUAAAAGACACCUGUCCACACACUCAAUCAAACAGACUCCAAUCUCUCCACAAUGGCCAAGACCAGAGAGCUGUGUAAGGACAUCAGGGAUAAAAUUAUAGACCUGCACAAGGCUGGGAUGGGCUACAGGACAAUAGACAAGCAGCUUGGUGAGAAGGUAACAACUGUUGGCGCAAUUAUUAGAAAAUGGAAGAAGUUCAAGAUGACGGUCAAUCACCCUCAGUCUGGGGCUCCAUGCAAGAUCUCACCUUGUGGGGCAUCAAUGAUCAUGAGGAAGGUGAGGAAUCAGCCCAGAACUACACGGCAGGACCUGGUCAAUGACCUGAAGAGAGCUAGGACCACAGUCUCAAAGAAAACCAUUAGUAACACACUAUGCCAUCAUGGAUAAAAAUCCUGCAGCGCACGCAAGGUCCACCUGCUCAAGCCAGCGCAUGUCCGGGCCCGUCUGAAGUUUGCCAAUGACCAUCUGGAUGAUCCAGAGGAGGAAUGGGAGAAGGUCAUGUGGUCUGAUGAGACAAAAAUAGAGCUUUUUGGUCUAAACUCCACUCGCCGUGUUUGGAGGAAGAAGAAGGAUGAGUACAACCCCAAGAACACCAUCCCAACCGUGAAGCAUGGAGGUGGAAACAUCAUUCUUUGGGGAUGCUUUUCUGCAAAGGGGACAGGACGACUGCACCGUAUUGAGGGGAGGAUGGAUGGGGCCAUGUAUUGUGAGAUCUUGGCCAACAACCUCCUUCCCUCAGUAAGAGCAUUGAAGAUGGGUCGUGGCUGGGUCUUCCAGCAUGACAACGACCCGAAACAUACAGCCAGGGCAACUAAGGAGUGGCUCCGUAAGAAGCAUCUCAAGGUCCUGGAGUGGCCUAGCCAGUCUCCAGACCUGAACCCAAUAGAAAAUCUUUGGAAGGAGCUGAAAGUCCGUAUUGCCCAGCGACAGCCCCGAAACCUGAAGGAUCUGGAGAAGGUCUGUAUGGAGGAGUGCGCCAAAAUCCCUGCUGCAGUGUGUGCAAACCUGGUCAAGACCUACAGGAAACGUAUGAUCUCUGUAAUUGCAAACAAAGGUUUCUGUACCAAAUAUUAAGUUCUGCUUUUCUGAUGUAUCAAAUACUUAUGUCAUGCAAUAAAAUGCAAAUGAAUUACUUAAAAUCAUACAAUGUGAUUUUCUGGAUUUUUGUUUUAGAUUCCGUCUCUCACAGUUGAAGUGUACCUAUGAUAAAAAUUACAGACCUCUACAUGCUUUGUAAGUAGGAAAACCUGCAAAAUCGGCAGGUUAUCAAAUACUUGUUCUCCCCACUGUACAUGUUGGAAAAGCCCUGAUAGACUGUGUUGAAAGUGUGUAUUUCUGUCUGAACUGAGGAAAAGGAGAAUGUGACUGGGUGGAGCCAUUUGACUAUCAAGCAUGUGGUGUUAAUUUUUGUUGAUUUACCAUGUCAGCCCCAGAGUGAGUGUUUUUUAAAAACUCACUGCAGGCAGAGAUGUUUAGACCCUCUUGGCUGCUGUAAACAACUUAGGUGAAACAACCCACCCACGGGUCUCUUAAAACAUGCUAUUAAAACAAGAUCAAAUGAGGGGAGCAAUACAGUGGUCAUUCUUCUACCUAAAGUUUCAAAUGUUUUGCUCCACUAAAACCUAUAACAGCAACCAGCCUCCUCAAUGGGCAGUUAAUAUCCUGUUACUAACCAUGAAGUCAAUCAAUAACAUUUAUUUGUAAAGAUUGUUUUACAUCAGCAGAUGUCACAAAGUGCUAUACAGAAACCCACCCCAAACAGCAAGCAAUGCAGAUGUAGAAGCACAGUGGUUAGGAAAAACACCUUAGAACGGCAGGGACCUAGGAAGAAACCUAGAGAGGAAGCAGGCUCACCAGUCUUCUUCUGGCUAUGCCGGGUGGAGAUUAUAAGAGUACAUGGCCAUUUUAAGGGCAGAUUUGUUCUUCAAAAUGUUGAAACGUUCAUAGAUAAGCAGCAGGGCCAAAUAAAAUAAUAUAUGAGAGAGAGGCAGAGAAUCCCAGUGGAGAGAGGGGAGCUGGCCAAGCAGAGACAGCAAGGGCAGUUCGUCGCUCCAGUGCCUUGCCGUUCACCUUCGCACCCCUUGCCCAGACUAUACUCAGUCCUAGGACCUACUGAAGUGAUGAGUCCAGUAAAGACUUAAAGGUCGAGACCGAGUCUGCGUCUCUCACAUGGAUAGGCAGACCAUUCCAUAAAAAUGGAGCUCUAGAGGAGAAAGCCAUGCCUCCAGCUGUUUGAUUAGAAAUUCUAGGGACAAUAAGGAGGCCUGCGUCUUGUGACUGUAGUGUACUUGUAGGUAUGUACAGCAGGACCAAAUUGGAGCGAUAGGUAGGAACAAGCCCAUGUAAUCCUUCGUAGGUUAGCAGUAAAACCUUGAAAUCAACCCUAGCCUUAACAGGAAUCCAGUGUAGAGUGGCUAGCACUGGAGUAAUAUGAUUCUAGCAGCCGUGUUUAGCACUAACUGAAGUUUAUUUAGUGCUUUAUCCGGGUAGCCGGAGAGGAGAGUAUUGCAGUAGUCUAAUCUAGAAGUGACAAAAGUGACAUGGAUUAGCUUUUCUGCAUAAUUUUUGGACAAAACGUUUCUACUUUUGCAUUUUACGAAGAUGGGAAAAAAGCUGUCCUUUGAAAUAUUCUUCAUAUGUUUGUCAAAUAGAGAUCAGGGUCUAGAGUAAUGCUGAGGUCCUUCAGUUUAAUUUGAGACGACUGUAUAACCAUCAAGAUUCAUUGGCAGAUCCAAUAGCAGAUCUCUUUGUUUCUUGGGACCUAGAACUAGCAUCUCUGGUCUGUCUGUUUAAAAGUAAAAAAGUGCUCCGCUCUCUUCACAUCAGGCAUCACUUUCUCUAUGUGACCUACUCUCUUAAUAUAUAUAUUUCUGUGUCCUUGUAUUUACUUUCUGGUGGCUUAAGAACUGGGGGGAAUGGUUAAUCGUGUAGUAAACUGAUCUGGUGUAUUGCCAUGUUCAGCAGGUAGCCAGGCCUGAUAUAUCAGUCACUGUGAUGGGGGAGCUGUGGCUGUGUAACACGGUCAGACCAUAAUGCAGCAGGGUGAUUUGAUUUGGGGGUCAGAGGUCAGGAGUCUUUAGAUGCUGCUGUGGAAUGUCUUGGGGCCCCUGUGGGUGCCAAGGGAGUAGGUACUAAAGAUAGAUAUUAUUUACACCAACUGCUCUGGCCCCUGCAGGAAAGGGUAUGACUGUCUGUGUAGAGAAUUCUGUCUUUAUGUGGGAGACCCAUUAAAAAAUAUACCAAAAGUUCAAACAUUUAACUUUUUAUUAGAACAUGUGACAAUACAUUUUUCUCUUUGACAUAUUCAUUGAAUUAAUGACAAUCUGCACUUCAAAUUAUCCCCUGUGUAUUGCUGUUUUGUGUAAGAGAGUGUGUAAAAAGGUUGCAAUGCAUAGGAGGCUGGUGGGAAGAGGUAUAAGAGGAUGGGCUCAUUGGAAUGGAAUGAAUGGAACGGAGUCAAACGUGGUUUCCAUAUGUUUGAUGUGUUUGAUACUGUUCCAUCAAUUCCAUUCCAGUCUUUUACAAUGAGCCCAUCCUCCUUUAGCUCCUCACAUCAGCCUCCUCUGUUGCAACGUAGUCUGUGGCUGAUGAGAGGAGUGACAGUAGAGCCAUUGAAAGAGAGACCUCUGUGGAGCCCAGGCCCACACCCGGUUAACGACCACGUCUGGUCUGGUUUGGUGCACCGUUACACUGCAGCUGCUGGCACAAUUCCAGGCUGGAUGUUCCUCUGAGACUCACUAGGCUGCCCUCCAGCUCCAGCCACUUUGGUCAUCACAUUACAAUAAUAGAUCUACCUGUCCCAAACGCACAGAGAUGGUUUGUGUUUCUGUGAAUAGCUGCCUGUUUAGAUGUAGGCUAUGUAAUGACUUGUAUACUCUUUCCGUUGGCCUCUAAUGUGAUUGGGACAUGCAGUGUAGGACAUCAUGCCAUGGGCAACUAUUGUUGUGCUCUGAGGGGAUACAGAGUGCUGUGCCAAAAACAUCAACUGCCAACUGCAUUGUCUCCAUCCAGCUCCAUCCAGCAUCAGUCAGAUGUUUUGGUACUGUUCCACGGGGCCAGAUGCUGUUUCAGUUCAGUAUUGGGCUCCUGUACAUCUAAACAGCUCAUAGGAAUAUUUUUAUGUGGCCACAAGUGUCUCUCUCGCUCUAUUGAUUCUCAUAAAAGACAACUGGUCAUUUCUUUCCCUAAGAUAUGGCCACAUUUUAUGACAUUGAAAUAUGAGUUUAAAAUGUACCCCCCAAAAAAUUAUAUUUGGUUGCUCUUCAAUUACACUGAACAAAAAUGUAAAUGCAACAUGUAAAGUGUUGAUCCCAUGUUUCAUGAGCUGAAAUAAAAAAAAUCCCAGAAAAAGUUUAUUUGUGCACAAAUUUGUUUAUCCCUGUUAGUGAGCAUUUGUCCUUUGCCAAGAUAAUCCAUCCACCUACAGGUGUGGCAUAUCAAUAAACGGAUUAAACAGCAUGAUCAUGACACAGGUGCACCUUGUGCUGGGGACAAUAAAAGGUCACUUUAAAAUGUGCAGAUGCCACAGAUGUCUCAAGUUUUGAGGGAACGUGCAAUUGGCAUGCUGACUGCAGGAAUGUCCACCAGAGCUGUUGCCAGAUAAUUUCAUGUUCACUUCUCUAACCAUAAGAUGUCGUUUUAGAGAAUUUGAAAGUAUGUCCAACUGGCCUCACAACCGCCGACUACUUGUAACCACGCCAGUCCAGGACCUCCACAUCCGGCUUCUUCACCUGUAGAAUCGUCUGAGGGAGGGGUGGGGGUGGUGCUGAGGAGUAUUUCUGUCUGUAAUAAAGCCCUUUUUGUAAAAAAUAAUAAAAAUAAAACUCAUUCUGAUUGGCUGGGCCUGGCUCCCCAGUGGCUGGGCCUGGCUGCCAAAUGGGUGGGCCUAUGCGCUCCCACGCCCACCCAUGGCUGCACCCCUGCCCAGUCAUGUGAAAACCAUAGAUUAGGGCCUAAUGAAUUUAUUUCAAUUGACUGAUUUCCUUAUAUGAACUGUAACUCUGUAAAAUCUUUGAAAUUGUAUAGAUUGUUAAAAUGGCUCUUGACUAACUGUCAUGUCCUCUCCUUCAGUGUGCCAUGUUUUUGCUGUCCUGGAGGAUGGAGCAUUGGCACAAAACCUACAGGAACAGGAAAGUAAGUACAUCACACACACCCCUUACAGUAGUCUGUCAGAGUUACUGUAGUAGGUGGUCCAUGGCUGUGUUUGUGUAACCCUGUGUUCCCCUCUGUCCCAGUUGAGCAGUACUACACCACCAACAUCCAGAAGAACCAGCUGGUGCAGAAUGACAUCCGCAUCGCCAAGAGGCUGCAGGAUGAGGAGGAGGAACAGAGAGCUCAGCACAGAGCCCUGAGCCAGGCGUCGAGACAACUGUAAGGGCACUGUGUUUAUUUAAAUAAACACUUUGCUCGCACGCAGGCACACACACACAUUUUCCACCUCACUCUCCAUGUACCCUCUGUGCAUUUAUUUUACUGUACACUGUCAAUAUUUUUAAAAACUAUCUAGACUGUCUCCAUAAACAAUUCCUACAUAAUCUAAACUAUCGGUGUACUUGUGGACCCCCUGGCAAUUUUGUACAUACUCUAUAUGAAACACAGGGUGGUUUUGUCUCUCAGACAGUAAUCCAUGCCCAUCUCCCCUGUCCCUUCUGUGUACCCAGUGAGGAACAGGAUUCAGAGUAUGCCCGGAUGAUCCAGGAGGACAUCCAGAGAUGUGCUGAUGAGGAGGCUCUGAGGAGGGAGCAGGAGGACAAGGUGAGCUGCGGAUGUCUUCUAAUUUGAUUUGAGGAGAAACUUGAGGUUCAUAGUGGUUCUCUACAGUACUGAUAGUGUACUCACUGCUCACUAAUUAAGUGGAUUUCCACUAGCUUUUUGUAGAUCAUGGAACGUCAUAAUUUCAGUUUCCCCGGGGACCAAAUCUAUAUACAGUAUAAUGUGGCUCUGUAAUGAAUGAGGUCACAGUGGAGCUGAACGCUGCCCUCUCUGGGCCCGGGGUUACCCACUCAGAUGUAUCUACUCAACCUGAACACACUGGGAGAGGCCAGUCUGAGCAGGGUCAAAGGUCACCACAGAGACAACCUGUGAGCUAUUAUUAAUCUGAUUGACAAGUUAAGCCGUUUCCCUGAUAAUUGACUCCAGGUUAUGCUCCAUCCCUCCUGCUCUGUCUCACUGAAGGUUAGUCUGAGGAGAAACAGGCUAGAUGGAUGCAGAGGCUUUAUCUGUACAACUUUGUACAAUAUCAUGUCUGAAACGGGUGCAUGUAAGUUUCCACGUUCAUGUAUCUAGUUGGUCAACUGUAGAAAAGUAGCAGGAAUUUUCCAUCUACUGCGUUACUAAGGAGGUCUUUGACAAAGCGAUCAGGGAGUUGCAUGAAAAGGAGCUUCCUUUUAUAGAUGUAGCUUAAAUAAAUAAAAAUAAAUUGGUCAUUUAGCAGACGCUCUUAUCCAGAGCGACUUACAGCUUCUCUCCAGUGAGUUGUAGAUAAACUGACCUCUGACCCAGACAUAAGGAGAGCACUCAGACAUAUCCCAUCCAUUACCUCUCUGCUGCUGCCUCAGUUGUAAGGCCGGACCUGUCCCUACUGUGCACACAGGAGCCAGGCCAGGCCGCACAAUAUACACAAACUGGAGUAGACACAGAGAAGGAGUUGUACAUGUGUGAGGAAGCACUCAGUGCGUCAGUAUAGGACUGUUUAAAGCUAGAAUCUUUUGUUGCUACAUCAAUAUUUGGACUUAUAAAUUAAUUAUAAAUACCAGAUUCUUGAAGAAUAUAACUUUUAUACAGUGCCUUCAGAAAGUAUUCAUACCCCUUGACUUAUUCCACAAUUUGGUGUUACAGUCUGAAUUCAAAAUGGAUCAAAUAGUUUUUUCUCACCAAUCUACACACAAUACCCCAUAAUGACAAAGUGAAAACACAUUUUAAGAAAUGUUAGCAAAUUUAUUGAAAAUGAAAUACGCAAAUAUUCAUUUACGUAAGUAUUCACACCCCUGAGUCAAUACUUUGUAGAAGCACAUUUGGCGGCGACUAUAGCUUUGAGUCGUCUUGGGUAUUUCUGUAUCAGCUUUGAAAAUCUGGAUUUUAGGGUUUUCUCCCAUUCUUCCUUGCAGAUUUUCUCAAGCUCUGUUAAGUUAGAUGGAGAGCGGCGGUGAAAAGCAAUCUUCUAAGUCUUUCCACAGAUUUUCAAUCGGAUUCAAGUCUGGGCUUUGGCUGGGCCACUCAAGUACUUUGACAUUCUUGUUCCGAUGCCAUCCCAGCAUUGCUUUGGCUGUGUGCUUUGGGUCAUUGUCCUGUUGGAAUGUAAAUCUUUGCCCCCAGACUAAGGUCGUUUGCACUCUGAAGCAGGUACUCAUUAAGGAUUUGCCUGUAUUUGGCUCCAUUCAUUGUUCCCUCUAUCCUGACCAGUCAGUCACCCAGUCCCUGCUGCUGAAAAGCAUCCCUGUAGCAUGAUGCUGCCACCAACAUGCUUCACGGUAGAGAUGGUGUUAUACGGGUGAUGAGCUGUGCCUGGUUUUCUCCAGAGAUAGCGCUUUGCAUUCAGGCCAAAUAGUUUAAUUUGUCUCAUCAGACCACAGAAUCUUUUGCCUAAUGCUCGGAGUCUUUCACGUGCCUUUUUGCAAACCCCAGGCAUGCUGUCAUGUGCCUUUUUCUUAGGAGUGACUUCCGUCUGGCCACACUCCCAUAAAGCCCAGAUUGGUGAAGUGCGGAGUCUGGGUAGUUCCAUAUUUUUCCCAAUGACGGAGACCACUCUGCUCUUGGAAACUUUCAACACUCUAGAAAUUGAUUUGUACCCUUCCCCAGAUAUACAGUGCAUUCGGAAAGUAUUCAGACCCCUUGACUUAUUCCACAUUUUGUUACUUUACAGCCUUACAGAGUCUUCUUGGAUAUGACGCUACAAGCUUGGCACACCUGUAUUUGGGGAGUUUCUCCCAUUCUUCUCUGCAGAUCCUCUCAAGCUCUGUCAGGUUGGAUGGGGAGCGUCGCUGCACAGCUAUUUUCAGGUCUCUCCAGAGAUGUUCGAUCGGGUUCAAGUCCAGGCUCUGGCUGGGCCACUCAAGGACAUUCAGAGACUUGUCCUGAAGCCACUCCUACGUAGUCUUGGCUGUGUGCUUAGGGUCGUUGUCCUGUUGGAAGGUGAACCCUUGCCCCAGUCUGAGGUCCUGAGCGCUCUGGAGCAUGAUGCUGCCACCACCAUGCUUCACCGUAGGGAUAGUGCCAGGUUUCUUCCAGAUGUGACGCUUGGCAUUCAGGCCAAAGAGUUCAACCUUGGUUUCAUCAGACCCAUAGAAUCUUGUUUUUCAUGGUCUGAGAGUCUUUAGGUGCCUCCAAGAGGGCUGUCAUGUGCCUUUUACAGGCUUCCGUCUGGCCACUCUACCAUAAAGGCCUGAUUGGUAGAGUGCUACAGAGAUGGUUGUCCUUCUGGAAGGUUCUCACAUCUCCACAGAGGAACUCUGGAGCACUGUCAGAGUGACAAUCGGGUUCUUGGUUACCUCCCUGACCAAGGCCCUUCUCCCCCGAUUGCUCAGUUUGGCCGGGCGGCCAGCUCUUGGUAGAGUCUUGGUGGUUCCAAACAUCUUCCAUUUAAGAAUGAUGGAGGCCACUGUGUUCUUGGACCUUCAAUGCUGCAGACAUUUUUUGGUACCCUUCCCCAGAUCUGUGCCUCGAUACAAUCCUGUCUCGGAGCUCUACGGACAAUUCCUUCGACCUCAUGGAUUGGUUUUUGCUCUGACACGCACUGUCAACAGUGGGACCUUUUAUAGACAGGUGUGUGCCUUUCCAAAUCAUGUCCAAUCAAUUGAAUUUACCACAGGUGGACUCCAAUCAAGUUGUAGAAACAUCUCAAGGAUGAUCAAUGGAAACAGGAUGCACCUGAGCUCAAUUUCGAGUCUCAUAGCAAAGGGUCUGAAUACUUAUGUAAAUACGGUAUUUCUGUUUUUUAAAAUUAAUAAAGUUGCAAACAUUUCUAAACCUGUUUUCGCUUUGUCAUUAUGGGGUAUUGUGUGUAGAUUGAGGAUGGAUUUUUUCUUUUAAUCUGUUUUAGAAUGAGAAAAAAAUAUAUUUUGAAAAACACAACAAAAUGUGGAAAAAGUCAAGGGGUCUGAAUACUUUCCGAAUGCACUCUGAAAGUAUUCAUACCCUUUGACAUAUUCCACAUUUUGUGUUACAGCCUGAAUUCCAAAUUGAUUAAAUAUGAUUCUUUUUCACCAAUCUACACACAAUACCCCAUAAUGACAAAGUGAAAACACGUUUUAAGAAAUGUUUGCAAAUGUAUUAAAUUAAAUACAAAUAUACUUAAUUUACAUAAAUAUUCACUAACCUGAGUCAAUACUUUGUAGAAGCACCUUUGGCAGCAAUUUUAGCUGUGAGUCUUUCUGGGUAAAUUUCUAAGAGCUUUCCACACCUGGAUUGUGCAACAAUUUAUUAUUUUCAAAAUUCUUCAAGCUCUGUAAAAUUGGUUGUUGAUCAUUGCUAAACAACCAUUUUCAGGUCUUGACAUAGAUCUUCAAGUAGAUUUAAGUCAAUACUGUAACUCGGCCACUCAGGGAAAUUCACUGUCUUCUUGGAAAGCAACUCCAGUGUAGAUUUGGCCUUGUGUUUUAAGUUAUUGUCCUGCUGAAAGGUGAAUUAAUCUCCCAGUGUCUGGUGGAAAGCAGACUGAACCAUGUUUUCUUCUGGGAUUUUGCCUGUGCUUAGCUCCAUUCCGUUUCUUUUUAUCCUGAAAAACUCCCCAGUCCUUAACGAUUACAAGCAUACCCAUAACAUGAUGCAGCCACCACUAUGCUUGAAAAUAUGGAGGGAUACUCAGUAAUGUUGUGUUGGAUUUUCCCCAAACAAAACACUUUGUAUUCAGGACAAAAAGUUAAUUGCUUUGCCACAUUUUUUGCAGUAUUGUUGUAAACAGGAUGCAUGUUUUUGAAUAUUUGUAUUCUGUACAGUCUUCCUUUUUUUUCACUCUGUCAAUUAGGUUAGUAUUGUGGAGUAACUACAAUGUUUAUCGAUCCUCAGUUUUCUCCCAUCACAGCCAUUAAACUCUGUAACUGGUGAAAUCCCUGAGUGGUUUCCUUCCUCUCCGGCAACUAAGUUAGGAAGGAAGCCUGUGUCUUUGUAGUGACUGGGUGUAUUGAUACACCAUCCAAAGUGUAAUUUAAUAAUUUCACCAUGCUCAAGGUGAUAUUCAAUGUCUGUUUAUUUUUUUAUUUUUUUACCAAUCUACCAAUAGGUGCCCUUCUUUGAGGCAUUGGAAAGCCUCCCUGGUCUUUGUUGUUGAAUCUGUCUUUGAAAUUCAAUGCUCGACUGAGGGACCUUACAGAUAAUUGUAUGUGUGGGGUACAGAGAUGAGGUAGUCAUUCAAAUAUAAUGUUAAAUACUCUUAUUGCACAAAGAGUGAGUCCAUGCAACUUUUUAUGUGACUUGAUAAGCACAUUUUUACUCCUGAACUUAUUUAGGCUUUCCAUAACAAAGGGGUUGAAUACUUAUUGACUUAAGACAUUUCAGCUUUUCAUUUUUUAUUAAUUAACAUUUUUGAAAAACAUAAUUCCACUUUGACAUUAUGGGGUAUUGUGUGUAGGCCAGUGACAAACUCAAUUUAAUCAAUUUUAAAUUCAGGCUGUAACACAACAAGAGUCAAUGGGUGUGAAUACUUUCUGAAGGCACUGUGCCACUGAACAAUUCUAUCUCAGGGAUCUACGGACAGUUCCUUGGAAUUCAUGGUAUAGUUUCUGCACUGACAUGCACGGUCAACUGUGGGACCUUGUAUAGAUGGGUGUGUUUUGUUUUAAAUCAUGCCCAAACAAUUGAAUUGGCUACAGGUGGACUCCAAUGAAGUUGUAAUUUGCCAACAUUUAUAAAAACAUGUUUUCACUUUGUCAUUAUGGGGUGUUGUGUGUAGAUGGGUGAGAAAAAUAAUUUUAAUCCAUUUUGAAUUCAGGCUGUAACACAACAAAAUGUGGAAUAAGUCAAGGGGUAUCUAUACUUUCUGAAGGCACUGUAUAUGCGUCAUGAGCUUAGUCCAACUGUCGUACCCCAUCAGAACUCCAAAUGUAAGAUUUUUUUACUCCAAUGUUUGUGAACAAUGUAAAUACUCUAGCCUCAAAAUAUGGUUAACAAUAUAAUUUUGAUAUCAUGAAUGGCCAGUCCAUCCAUAGCUCUGUCUAUGAAUUUGAACGUUUUACAUUUCAGCUUUUCAUUUAUUUAUUUUUUCUAAAAACAUAAUUCCACUUUGACAUUAUGGGGUAUUGUGUGUAGGCCAUUGACACACAAUCUCAUUUUAAUCUACACUGCUCAAAAAAAUAAAGGGAACACUUAAACAACACAAUGUAACUCCAAGUCAAUCACACUUCUGUGAAAUCAAACUGUCCACUUAGGAAGCAACACUGAUUGACAAUAAAUUUCACAUGCUGUUGUGCAAAUGGAUAGACAACAGGUGGAAAUUUUAGGCAAUUAGCAAGACACCCCCAAUAAAGGACUGGUUUUGCAUGUGGUGACCACAGACCACUUCUCAGUUCCUAUGCUUCCUGGCUGAUGUUUUGGUCACUUUUGAAUGCUGGCGGUGCUUUCACUCUAGUGGUAGCAUGAGACGGAGUCUACAACCCACACAAGUGGCUCAGGUAGUGCAGCUCAUCCAGGAUGGCACCUCAAUGCGAGCUGGGGCAAGAAGGUUUGCUGUGUCUGCAGCGUAGUGUCUAGAGCAUGGAGGCACUAUCAGGAGACAGGCCAGUACAUCAGGAGACGUAGAGGAGGUCGUAGGAGGGAAACAACCCAGCAGCAGGACUGCUACCUCUGCCUUUUGUGCAAGGAGGAGCACUGCCAGAGCCCUGCAAAAUGACCUCCAGCAGGCCACAAAUGUGCAUGUGUCUGCUCAAACGGUCAGAAACAGACUCCAUGAGGGCCCGACGUCCACAGGUGGGGGUUGUGCUUACAGCCCAACACCGUGCAGGACGUUUGGCAUUUGCCAGAGAACACCAAGAUUGGCAAAUUCGCCACUGGCGCCCUGUGCUCUUCACAGAUGAAAGCAGGUUCACACUGAGCACAUGUGACAGACGUGACAGAGUCUGGAGAUGCCGUGGAGAUCGUUCUGCUGCCUGCAACAUCCUCCAGCAUGACCGGUUUGGCGGUGGGUCAGUCAUGGUGUGGGGUGGCAUUUCUUUGGGGGGCCGCACAGUGCUCGCCAGAGGUAGCCUGACUGCCAUUAGGUACUGAGAUGAGAUCCUCAGACCCCUUGUGAGACCAUAUGCUGGUGCGGUUGGCCCUGGGUUCCUCUUAAUGCAAGACAAUGCUAGACCUCAUGUGGCUGGAGUGUGUCAGCAGUUCCUGCAAGAGGAAGGCAUUGAUGCUAUGGACUGGCCCGCCCGUUCCCCAGACCUGAAUCCAAUUGAGCACAUCUGGGACAUCAUGUCUCGCUCCAUCCACCAACGCCACGUUGCACCACAGACUGUCCAGGAGUUGGCGGAUGCUUUAGUCCAGGUCUGGGAGGAGAUCCCUCAGGAGACCAUCCGCCACCUCAUCAGGAGCAUUCCCAGGCGUUGUAGGGAGGUCAUACAGGCACGUGGAGGCCACACACACUACUGAGCCUCAUUUUGACUUGUUUUAAGGACAUUACAUCAAAGAUGGAUCAGCCUGUAGUGUGGUUUUCCACUGAAAUUUUGAGGGUGACUCCAAAUCCAGACCUCCAUGGGUUGAUACAUUUGAUUUCCAUUGAUAAUUUUUGUGUGAUUUUGUUGUCAGCACAUUCAACUAUGUAAAGAAAAAAAGUAUUUAAUAAGAUUCAUUCAUUCAGAUCUAGGAUGUGUUAUUUUAGUGUUCCCUUUAUUUUUUUGAGCAGUGUAUUUUAAAUUCAGGCUGUAAAAUAAUUUGACAGGUGAAAUGAAGAAUGCGAUCUGCUUUAACUCCUAACGUAUUGCACAAGUUGACUGCAGGUAUUAACUUAAAAAGUAGCUAAAAAUGUAUUGAAAAACUUCAAAUAAAUAGUUUCAACGUUGAUGGUAUUGAAAAACCAUCCUGUGGCUAUUUCCAAAUACCCCGGUAUACAUUAUAUACUGUAUACCGCCCAAGCCUAAUACAGAGUAAUAUUCUACUUCCAAGGUCAUUGCAAAUUAACUUUUAUGUAACAUUGGCUGAUGUAGUGUGUUGAUUAAAUAUUAGCGUCCCUGCUGACUGUGUGUUUAAUUGUGCAGCAGAACAGAAGGCACCAGGCGGUGCAGUCAGUCUGAAUGCCAGUUCCCCAUGGCACUCCCUGAGCUAACCUGCCAUGUCAAGCUGCUAAUUGCCUGCUGAGGCUGGCAAGGCUGAGCUGGCUAAGCACUGUGAUUUAGCCAAGCAAGAGGCUCUUAUGGUUUUCUCUUAACACUUGUUGUCAUUAGAGGUUUUUGAACCGAUGGGCCCGCCCCCUCUAAACCUUGAUCUACAAGUGGCAUCAAGGGAGGUUAUACUGAUAUGGUUUGUUGUCGCCUUCACAGACCUCCUCCUGCACGUAUCAAUGGACAUGCACCCCAUUUCCGUUACGUAUAAUUUGUCGCACACGUCUUCAAUACUGUCUCAGAGGAGGCAGAGCACAAGUCUUUGGAGGUCAAUGUUAUAAGGGAGGCAGCCCUUGUGCAGGGUGGCACUGGCAUGCCCAGUUGACAAGGUGUUAAUGAAAGUAAAGCAGUCCUCUCUCAGCAAUUUUUACAGACCAGAGCCCAGCCGCCCAGCCAGGCAGGCAGAGCCAGGCACAGGGAGAUGAAAGGUUGGCCUUCUCUGUUUGUCUCUGGUCUGCUGGUCUGGUCUGCCUGCCUGGCCUCUUAUUUUCCAUUGAGUCAGCCCCCAGGCCUUCCUGAAAUAACCAGCCUAGCCUGGCCAUCUGGAGCUAGCCUGAUCCUAGAUAUAUUUGUGCCGUUUCGACACAAUGACCAUAGGAGUUGGUAAGACAGCACAAACAGAUCUGGGACCAGGCUAACCCGGAGCAGGUUUUGUGCUGAGCAGCCACUGUGGACCUGCUAGAUUUCCCUCAUAAUGGAGACAAGUCACCUACUGUGGCUCUGCAUUCAGAAACACUUCCACUGUCUUUCUAGUGCAGGCCACCCAGACUCUGUCUAUACAAUGACAGAGACUAGUUGUCAGUCUUUAUCAUGUUGCAAGUUUCCACACAUCAUUAAAUACUAUUUAGGUGUAGUUGUAGUGCUGUUAUUUCCACAGAACAAAGCAAAGACACAUUUGUGUCGUGUUCUGAAGAGUUGAUGAUGUUUUGUUUGUCCUUACUGCUUGUUUGAGUUAACCCACUAAACCACCUGACUGAGUGAUUGACCAAUUGGAUCCUUGCAGUGGUGUAAAGUACUUAAGUAAAAAUUAUUUAAAGUACUACUUAAGUAGUUUUUUGGGGUAUCUGUACUUUACUUUACUAUUUCUACUUUUGCCAACUUUUACUUCACUACAUUCCUAUAGAAAAUUAUGUAGUUUUUACUCCAUACAUUUUCCCUGAUACCCAAAAGUACUUGUUACAGUUUGACAGGAACAUUUUCCAAUUCACAAAAUUAUCAAGAGAACAUCCCUGGUCAUCUCUACUGUCUCUGACUCACUAAACACACAUGCGUAGUUUGUAAAUGAUGUCUGAGUGUUGGAGUGUGCCCCUGGCUAUCCGUAAAUAAAUAAAAAACAAGAACAUUGUGCCAUCUGGUUUGCUAUAAGGAAUUUGAAAUUAUUUAGACUUUUUUACUUUUGAUACGUAAGUAUAUUUCAACAAUUCCAUUUACUUUUGAUACAUAUAUUUAAAACCUAAUACUUUUAGACUUUUACUCAAGUAGUAUUCUACUGGGUGACUUUUACUUGAGUCAUUUUCUAUUAAGGUAUCUUUACUUCUACUCAAGUAUGACAAUUGAGUACUUUUUCCACCACUGGAUCCUUGUUUGAAUUCUGUUUGAAUUCUGAUUUAGAACAAUGAGCCAAUAAUGUCUAAGUAUUAUGCCAUGUCACUCAUACACCUAACCAUGUAGCUCAUACACCUAACCAUGUAGCUCAUACACCUAACCAUGUAGCUCAUACACCUAACCAUGUCACUCAUACACCUAACCAUGUAGCUCAUACACCUAACCAUGUAGCUCAUACACCUAACCAUGUAGCUCAUACACCUAACCAUGUAGCUCAUACACCUAACCAUGUAGCUCAUACACCUAACCAUGUAGCUCAUACACCUAACCAUGUAGCUCAUACACCUAAUGUAUCUGUGGAUUGAUUGAUGCUUUGUAUCACUCACCAGUCAUUCUUUGACUGGUGAGUGACCAAAAAGUAAGAACCCUAACCCUAUUUCUUUGAAGAUUCUCUGUUAUUGAUAUUGCUAGUGGUUGAUUUGACUAUCUUUUUAUUUUAGGGUAGCUGGGUUUGGGUCUUUACAAAUUGUUUAUUUCUUCAUGUUGGGCCAUGUUAUACUGACACCUUGUGGUACUAAUAUGUAAUGUACAUAAUUAUCUCUUUCAAAGGUUCUUUGAAUGUAGAUGGGUGGAAGAAAAAUAGAAAACCACAGUGAUUGAUGCCAGCGUGUGCCCACACAUUGGCACAAGCCUAGUUAACCUCACCCAUAUGCUUGGCAGGCAUUUGGAGCCUGACAUUUUGGGCCAAUUUUGACUGACUCAGUACUGCAACUGAGCACAAACUGAGUGUGUGAAGCAUCAAAUUAACAUAUUUAUUCUCUGUUCUGGGCUCUAAGUCGACCCUAAAUCACUAUUACUCUGUUAUAUGAUACUGAUGACAACCAUUUCUAUAAUCUCUAAAUGAUUUUAUUUACAUGUGCUGACUGAGUGUAUUGUUCAGCUCCAGUUCCACGGAUGAAACAAUAAUAGACCUAACCUUGUUUCCACAGGAAAUGGCUAAACACAUCCAGGAAGAGGAGGAGCUGAGGGUCAGACAGAGGAGCAGUGGGCAGGAGAGCCUCAGUGAUGGUACGGUCACUUUAGUUAAUUUUCUUCUAUAGUGAAGCAACAGAUACUGUCACCAUUGUUUUGUUGUUUGGGCCUCAGAAAAGAUUUCCAAUUAUUCCUAGGCAUUAAUAUCAUGUAUAAUCUAACAGUGUACUUUAUGGGUAAAAGGCCCCUAUGUUGACAGGGUCAUUUGCUGUAGGGUCCUUUUUUAUAAUCUCCUAUCUGUGGUUUCUUUCUUUUAUUCCUGAAAUAAUGUCUAAUGGUGACCAAGUUUGGUUGAAUGAUUGCUGUGGUUUAAAUCCUACUUUGGGUGGUACCUGUUAUUCUGACCUGUCCUCCUGAUUUAUUCUGUGUUACUUCUCAAUGCUUUUCACCAUGAUUGGUGUGCAUACUGUUUGUUUAUUUUAUGAUCAUAACAAGGACAAAAUAUGGCACUGAAGAACUUUAAAUCUAAAUCAACUAAAUAAACCUUGUGGUGCCUAAUUUCAAACUCUGGACUCUUAAAGUCUGAUGAUGAAACAUGAUGAUCAAGCCCGCCACACCUGGGUCAUUGUGGCAGGGUUGUAGGUGUGGGGAAAGGGGAUACCUAGUCAGUUGCACAACUGAAUGCGUUCAACCAAAAUGUGUCUUCCACAUUUAACCCAACCCCACUGGAUCAGAGAGGUGCGGGGGGGCUGCCUUAAUCGACGUCCACGUCAUUGGCGCCCAGGGAGCAGUUGUUGUUGAGGGUUAACUGUCUCGCUCAAGGGCAGAAUGGCAGAUAUUUCUACCUUGCUGGCUCGGGGAUUCAAACCAGCAACCUUUCGGUUACUGGCCCAACGCUCUUAACCACUAGGCUACCUGCAUAGUAGGUGUAGAUCUGAAGCUUGCUUGGGGAGACUGAGCUCUAAUCUAACCCUGCUUUGCUCUGCAUGCUUGACUUGCCUGUCCUCCUCCUCCUCAGGCUGACAUUCCCAUCUGCAUCCACUUGACUCCACAGGUUUCCUGGCAGCCUUAUCACUCUGGCAAUCCCUUAGCUCUAGCUAUCUUGUUAAUAACAUGGACCAUGGCACUGUAUGCAUUGUGUUUUGUGUGUCAAGCUUUUAUUUAAAUGUUCACUUAUAGAUAAAUAAUCUAUGAUAAUUUAACGACAUGCCUCUGUUGGGCCAAAUAUGAAAAAUUAUUAUUACAAAAUGGCAUUAUACCUAGCAUGGUCCCUUGUGUUAGCCUGGCACCAUUCACUGUGCCUGUCUAAUAUAAACCAUUAACACCCUCACCCACACUAACCUGCUUUUGUGUUUGCAUGUUUGGCUUGAUUAAAGACUGUGCCAGCGUCCUUGCCUCACACUCAUCAUGCCCACGCCAGCCUGCUCUCAGCAACAUCCCCAGCCAGGUAGAAGGGCUGCACCAUCAGCCUGCUACCAGUAGGUGGCAAUGUUCCACCUCUAACACCCAGUCACAGUCAGACUCUACUGCCGAGCCUCUGUAUGAGACCCACAGGACAGCAGGACAGAAUAACAGAACACAAUCAUCACAUAAUGGAUACUCGGAUCCACCUAGACUCAUCAGAAACUACCUCCAAUGCCCUCCACCUGACUAUUUGAGUGAUGAAGGCUCAGAGGACACAGACACUGUUUUCCCUGAACACCUCCCUCCAUCCCGGCCCUGUAGACUGGAGAAAUUGCUCAAUACUGCCCCUAGUGGUCGCCAGGCUCCCAUGUACCAACCACCGGAGAGGAGUCUCAGCAGUCCCAUCAGCUUCAGAGAGGAGCGCAACAGGGUGUGGGAGGGGGGAAGGGGAGCGAGGGAGGAAAGGCAUAGGGGGAGUUGGCAGGACAGGAAUAGGGGGGUUCAGGAGGAGAGGGAUAGGAUUUGGGACAGGAAUCUCAGGGCGAAGCAUGACCGGGGUUAUGACAGAUCAGAGGAGGGGAAAGAGAGGCGCUACAUCAAUAGUACUAGUGACUCUGCCAGAGGGGUGCAGGAUAGAGACGGAGUUAGGAGGAGGUGGACCUACAGAGAGACCAGCGACAACAAACAAGUCCGCUUCCAGGAUGAUGCCAGCAGGCGAGGUCAUAGUUACCAUGAUGACAGCAGGCAUAUGGUGAAUGUAUGGGAGCUGAUUGUCCAUGACUUAAGAGAGAGGGGUGUGGCCGUGAGGCAGAGCUUCCACGGGGGGUCAAGGUCACGGGGGGUCAGAGGUGAGGUCAGAGACGGCCAAGUACAUGAUGGGGAAAAUGCCGUCGCCCAUAGUGACUCUCAACAUCAACAGAGGGCUUUUCAAAGAGCUGUCCCCACCAGGCGCAGUUACCAUGGAGAUGUCGGGGAAAGAAAGAGAGCCUCACAAAGAGAAGGCUACAGUAAACGAGGCUAUGGAGGAGAGCGAGAAAGAAUCCUUGAAAACCUGACCAUAGAGGAGGGUAGUGGGACUGAGGUCGAUGUUGGACACAGUAGAGAUGAUUGGCUGUUCAGCAGAGAGAGAGGGGGGAGCGGGAGGAGGAGGAGUGGUGGAGACCCUAGGAACAGGGUCAGCUCAGGUGGGGACCAGGAGAGGGAUGGCAGGGAUGAGAGGCACCACCAUAGUGAGCGCAGGGUGAGUAGUGAGCGCAGGGUGAGUAGUGAGCGCAGGGUGAGGAGCAGUGUGAGUGAUCGCCGGCAUAAGCAGGAGGAGCAGAACAGCUCAGAGGAGGAAGAGGAGAGGAGGGAGGAGAGACCCCCACGGAGAGUCCACCAUCUCAGCCAAAGCUUCUGCAGCAGAGGGGCCUCCAUCAGGGCCAGAUCUAGGCACACCCCCAGAGCAGGUAACACCCUGAGCUGCAGGAACCUCAGCGCUCUAAACACAGACCUGCAGGGGAGGCGGCUACUCUACUCAACUUUACCCAAAGCUUUCCCAACAACCUCUGUGUGUACAUCUACUCCUCUUCACAUCCUCCCUCAAUCAAUUCUGGAGAAAUCUACUCCCAUCUUGGUUUCCAUGUGUUUAAGGGAGGGGCCUCCAAAAAAUUUUUUUUUCUCAGAAAUUAGAUUUUUCCUCUGUAGUAGUGUUCAUUCUGAUGGUCUGGGAAAUAUCUUCAUCUGGAUUUCCCUCAUUUAUAGACUAGCUGCUAUUCUUCAACCCCUCUCCACCCUUCAUCUUUGUCAUCUCCAUGUCCUGUCAUCUCUCUCUUGAAACGAUCCAAGAGAUGAUUGUUGUUGUUCUUCUUGAUGAACCUAUUUUAUUAUUAAAUAAAGAUUUUGUCAUAUACACGGGAUAGGUGCAGUGAGAUGUUGUUCUAAAGGGUCAGCCAUAGUAGUGAGACGCCCCUGGAGCAAAACCGGGUUAAGUGCCUUGCUCAAGGAUUUUUCAUCUUAUCAGCACAGGUAUUUGAACCAGCAACCUUUCGGCUCCUGGCCCAACGCUCUAACCGCUAGGCUCCCUGCUGCCCCUGACCUGUCUCCCAGAACAUGUGCUGUAUGAUUUGCAGUAUGCGUUUCUUUCCUCUAAAUACACUGAACAAAAAUAUAAACGCAACAUGUAAAGUGUUGGUCCCAUGUUUCAUGAGCUGAAAUAAAAGAUCCCAGAAAUUGUACAUACGCACAAUACGCUUAUUUCUCUAAAAUGUUGUGCACAAAUUUGUUUACAUCCCUGUUGGUGAGCAUUUCUCCUUAGCCAAAAUAAUCCAUCCACCUGACGGGUGUGGCAUGAAAUAGCAUGAUCAUUACACAGGUGCACCUUGUCCUGGGAACAAUAAAAGGCCACUCUAAAAUGUGCAGUUUUGUCACACAACACAAUGCCACAUAUGUCUCAAGUUUUGCGGGAACGUGCAAUUGGCAGGCUGACUGCAGGAAUGUCCACCAGAGCUGUUGCCAGAGAAUUGAAUGUUCAUUCCUCUAUCAUAAGAAGCCUCUAACGUCAUAUUAGAGAAUUUGGGAGUACUUCCAACCGUCCUCACAACCGCAGGCCACGUGUAACCACGCCAGCCCAGGACCUCCACAUCCAGCUUCUUCACCUGUGGAUCGUCUGAGACCAGCCACCCGGACAGCUGAUGCAAUUGUGGGUUUGCACAACCUAAUAAUUUCUGCACAAACUGUCAGAAACCAUCUCAGGGAAGCUCAUAUGCGUACUCGUCGCCCACACCAGGGUCUUGACCUGACUGCAGUUUGGCGUCGUAACCGACUUCUGUGUGCAAAUACUCACCUUCAAUGGCCACUGGCAUGCUGGAGAAGUGUGCCUUUCACGGAUGAAUCCCGAUUUCAACUGUCCCGGGCAGAUGGCAGACAGCGUGUAUGGGCGAGCAGUUUGCUGAUGUCAACAUUGUGAACAGAGUGCCCCAUGGUGGCGGUGGGGUUAUGGUAUGGGCAGGCAUAAGCUAGGGACAACGAACACAAUUGCAUUUUAUCUAUGGCAAUUUGAAUGUACAGAGAUACCGUGACGAGAUCCUGAGGCCCAAUUGUCGUGCCAUUCAUCCGCCGCCAUUACCAUGUUUCAGCAUGAUCAUGCACGGCCCCAUGACUCAAGGAUCUGUACACAAUUCCUGAAAACUAAAAAUGUUCUUCCAUGGCCUGCAUACUCACCAGACAUGUCAACCGUUGAGAAUGUUUGGGAUGCUCUGGAUUGACGUGUACGACAGCAUGUUCCAGUUUCUGCCAAUAUCCAGCAACUUCGCACACCCAUUGAAGAGGAGUGGGACAACAUUCCACAGGCCACAAUCAACAACCUGAUCAACUCUAUGCGAAGGAGAUGUGUCACGCUGCAAAUGGUGGUCACACCAGAUACUGACUGGUUUUCUGAUCCAUGCCCCUACCUUUUGUUUAAGGUAUCUGUGACCAACAGAUGCAUAUCUGUAUUCCCAGUCAUGUGAAAUCCAUAGAUUAGGGCCUAAUGAAUUGAUUCCAAUUGACUGAGUUCCUUAUAUGAACUGUAACUUAGUAAAACUUUGAAAUUGUUGCAUGUUGUGUUUAUAUUUUUGUUCAGUGUAUAUAUCUAUCUUCACAAGGUCUGUCAUUUCAUAGACCUUUAAUCAUACCACAGCACACCCUUUAUAUCUCUAAACUUUCCUGACCCAAGUCUCUCCUCCUACAGGAGCCGCGCUGCAGCCGGAGGAGAGGGCGUGUCUGGACCUGGAGGAGCUGCACCAGGUGUUGCUGGAUGAGGAGCUGGCCAGGAGGUUGCAGAAGGAGGAGGAGAAGCUGUUGAGUAGGGUAAGGGAGGAUCCUCCUACUGGCUGUACUGUGUCAGCUCACAUCCCACUAUGUAACUUAAUGUCGCUGUCUGAUGAAAACCUCUUAAUUUUCAAAACAGAAACUUUUCAGGAAGUGGACAAAACUGCCAUAUUUUCACAUUAAGGAACAUACAAUUAUGAACUACAGAAGCUAUUUUGAAUAUGUUCUUGGUCCUAGAGUCAUGAAAUGUUCAGAGUACAUUGAGGGGAGUUACUGCUUUCAAUACAUGUACAAAUUAAAUAAAUAAAAAAUAAAAAAUGAGUUGUCAUUGCAGAACCCUCCAGCCCGUUCUUCCCACUCUCAACACGACUCCUACCCAGAGGGAGACUUCAGAGUCGCGCAAGUGGCUCAGGAUGAGGUAAGAGACGGAGCUGUAAAAGGAAAUAUCAUGAUUUUGGUAGUAUCUCCCAACAGAACUGACUGCAAGUGAGGCUAUGAUUUAGGGCAGGGGUCUUCAACCUUUUCUUGCCCAGGCACCCGCUCCCAGGAAAACCGACAACCCAGGGACCCCAUCAUACGUUAUUAAAUUAUUUAUUUUUUCAGAUGAAUGAUAAUGGCGAGGCAAAGUAAUAAACAUUUUAAAAUGAAUAGAUUUGGUAGAUGGUGUUUCAUUAUUUUGACCACCCCACAUUAUAACUGGAAGAGGAAGUGUAAACUCUAAAAUAGCCUAUUAGCUAGAAAGGUAACUCCAAACACAUUUUUGCUAAGAGCAGCUAUUUAUCUGGUUAAACAAAGGUUAGCAAAAAUGUAUGUCCAAGUCAAUAAAACUUGCCAGCAGCACUUGCUGCACUGGUAGCCAAUUCGCGGGUGCUUUUUCAAAGCCUAUGUCAGAUACUCCAGUGAGUGUAAUUGGCUCUUAUGAGUGUAUUUUGCUCAAUAUUAGGAGUUAAGAAAUAAAGUUGACAUUAUAAAUAAUAUACUAUUUUCUACUGUAUGUAAUUAAAAAGUUGUUUAUUCUUUUUUGCUUCUAUAUUUUGCGGUACCUUGGGGGCUGCGGACCCCCAGUUGAAUCUCCCUGAUUUAAGGAGAGGUACACUACCAUUCAAAAGUUUGGGGUCACUUAGAAAUGUCCUUGUUUUCGAAAGAAAAGCAAUUUUUUGGUCCAUUAAAAUAGCAUAAAAUUGAUCAGAAAUACAGUGUAGACAUUGUUAAUGUUGUAAAUGGCUAUUGUAGUUGGAAACGGCUGAUUUUUUUAUGGAAUAUCUACAUAGGCGUACAGAGGCCCAUUAUCAGCAACCAUCAGUCCUGUGUUCCAAUGGCACGUUGUGUUUGCUAAUCCAGGUUUAUAAUUUUAAAAGGCUAAUUGAUCAUUAGAAAACCCUUUUGCAAUUAUGUUACCACAGCUGACAACUGUCGUGCUGAUUAAAGAAGCAAUAAAACUGCCCUUCUUGAGACUAGUUGAGUAUCUGGAGCAUCAGCAAUUGUGGGUUCGAUUACAGGAUCAAAAUGGCCAGAAACAAAGAACUUUCUUCUGAAACUCGUCAGUCUAUUCUUGUUCUGAGAAAUGAAGGCUAUUCCAUGCGAGAAAUUGCCAAGAAACUGAAGAUCUCGUACACUGUACUACUCUCUUCACAGAACAGCGCAAACCAAAUCAAAUCAAAUCAAAUUUUAUUGGUCACAUGCGCCGAAUACAACAGGUGCAGACAUUACAGUGAAAUGCUUACUUACAGCCCUUAACCAACAGUGCAUUUAUUUUAAACAAAAAAAAGUAAAAAUAAAACAACAACAAAAAAAGUGUUGAGAAAAAAAAGAGCAGAAGUAAAAUAAAGUGACAGUAGGGAGGCUAUAUAUACAGGGGGGUACCGUUGCAGAGUCAAUGUGCGGGGGCACCGGCUAGUUGAGGUAGAAAGAGGAGUGGGAGGCCCCGGUGCCCAACUGAGCAAGAGGACAAAUACAUUAGAGUGUCUAGUUUGAGACUCCACGAUGCUGACCUUCUAGGCAGAGUUGCAAAGAAAAAGCCAUAUCUCAGACUGGCCAAUAAAAAGAAAAGAUUAAGAUGGGCAGUCUGAGAUAUGGCUUUUUCUUUGCAACUCUGCCUAGAUGGUUAGCAUCCCGGAGUUGCCUUUUCACUGUUGACGUUGAGACUGGUGUUUUGCGGGUACUAUUUAAUGAAGCUGCCAGUUGAGGACCUGUGAGGCGCUUGUUCUCUUUCAAAAACAAGGAAAUAUCUAAGUGACCCCAAACUUUUGAACGGUAGUGUAUAUUACCUUCAUUAACUAGGGGAUGUGCUUCCAAAGUUCAUGUGACCUUUUUAUCAACCAAUCUCAAUAUUCAUCAAAUAAAUCAUAUGCUCAGCAAUGCGGCCCUCAAAGCCUUGGGUUCAGCUACAGUCCACCUGUCCAAUGCGUAACAACAUGCCUAUUGUGUAUUGACCCUUUUAUGGUCACUGUGUCCUCUGUCAGGAAAUUGCCCGCUUCAUGCAGAAACAGGAAAUGCAGUCGAAGCACCAGUCACAUUACCUUAAUGGCCCGGGGUCACGACGUGAACAGCAUGACCUGGCUGACCCCCACGAAAGGAGAACUGUCAGAGAGAGACCGGUAGCUGCUGCUGGUUUUAUGAGCCAUUGCCUACAUAUAAUAUUAACUAUUCACACUAUACAUUUAAUUAAGUGUCUUAUUUCAAAACAAUAUUUUCAGUAUGAUUAUUACUGUUAUAAUUGUAACUGUAGUUGUGUUCUGUGUAUCAGAUUCAGCGGGAGAGACUGGACUCUGAGGGCCUCCCAUCUCCUACUGAGGACUGCUGUCCAGACUAUCAGCCCCCUAGCCCCACCUCCACAACACUGUGAGUUAGACUUCUUCGGUAUUAACAACUACAUGUAAAAUCCCAUAGCGGAUGCUAGCUAAAUGCUAACGAGCGCAUGCAAACAUUUUAUAUGGUCUCAAACUAUUUGCAGGACAGACAUGCCAGCUCAUAAAGUUAUACAAGAAACUCAAAAAUGCUACUCACAUUUUUCUGCACACACAAAACAAAUAUUAGACCGAAAGGAUCUUGAUCCAUGAUGGAAUUCUCUGCAGUUACCAAGAUAAGUUUGAUUUUGCAAGACGCUAACCACUUCGAUAACUAGUUAGUAAGUUAGCAAACAAAAUGCAGAACUGCAGAGUAUUUAGCAUAUUUUAGAUAGUUAACGUAAUAGUUAUAACACAUCUAGCUGGCAAAUAUUUUGUUUAGUGUUACUAGAUCACCUGGCGCUGCAUGCUGCAUAACAGUAAGAGUGACUCACGAGUCUCCGGUCUCUCGUCGUUGGACUUUUCUAAACAAACAACGUGACCGGCUCAGCUAUUUAAGGGAACUAGGCCUACCGGUAAACUUCAUAAUGAAAAAUAAUGUAACAGGUAAAAUGAAGAACACGAUCUGCUUUAUCUCGUAACCUAGUGCACAAGUUGACUGCAGGUAUUUACUUAAAAAGUCCAAAUAAAUGUAAUAAAAAACUUUCAAGAAAUAGUUGGUAUUGAAAAUCACACCAUGGGUAUUUCAAAAUACCCCUUGAUACCGUAUACCACCAACCUUACUGUGCCACUUUAAUGUAAUGUACAGUUUAAUGCUGGGAAACCCCCGUCUGGAAAUGCCCUCCUUAGCACCUGACUGAUUAUAAUUUGCUGCUUAAGUAUGGGGCUUUUGAAAAAGUCAUUGCUAGAGAUUUGCUACCUGUUGAAUGGGCUGCAAUCAUAUGUGUUGUAAUAGAUUAGGCUAGGAAAGAAGUUCUAUAUUUCAACCUGCUACUGAUAUCUUUACAGAUCACAACAGCCAAUCAGAAACAUUGCAGAGGACCUGGACCCAACUUUCAAGAACAGGAGACAAGGCAAGGAGAGCAUCAGAGCGGGACAGACCAUUUCUGGUAGGAAUAACAACAUAACACCUGACCAUAAUGUGUAGCUUCAUAUAGAGGUUAUGUACAGUUAUAGGACCUUCUCUUGUCUUCCUUAUAGGCCCAUCCUCCUGUCAGUCUCAUCCAAUCCCCCACUCCGGCUUACAUGACUUCAUGGAGGAGCCUACGUUCAUCCCGCCCACCAAGAGGCAAAGCGCCAAAUCAGGACGCGUCGAAUCCAAAGAGAAGAAGGAGAACUGUAAGCAGCAGUGA